AUGUAUAUCUUGAAUUAUUAUUACAAAUUAUCAAUUGAUAUAAAUGGCUAGAUAAAGUGCUGCAACAAAGAAGACAUUAAAAAGCAAGUUGUGAAGAAGGUUACAAAAGUCAUCUAGAAGAAAGUGCCUAAAAAGGUAGUUAAGAAAGAAACCAAAAAGGUUGUGCCAGCAAAAAAGAAAGUUGUUUCUAGAAAACCACAAAAAAAAACAGUAGUUAAAGCAGCUCCUGUUAAAAAGGUUGUGCCUAAAAAAGCAAAGGCUGCUCCCGCCAAAAAAUAAGUUUCAAAAAAAUAAAAUGUCAAAGAAUAGAAGGAUGAUAAAAAGAAAGUGUUAAAGCCAGUUGCUCCUAAGGCUGACUCUUAACCUAAAGUGCCUGUCAAAUACGCAGCAUACACCUUAGAUUAAUAUUAAGCUUACUAAAAGGCAAUCAAGGAUUGGUCAUCAAAGACAAAUUAAGAAAUAAAGGAUAAUUUAAGAAAAAACUUAUAGAGUAUGAGUGGAAACAAAGACGAAUUGUUGAAUAAAAUUGCUGAUGGAAUAGUAUUAGGAUCAAUACCAAGAUGUCCACAUUGUUAUGGUGGAAGACCAAAGUACAAUUAAUCUACAGGAAGUUAUUUCUGUGUUGGAUAUAGAGAUGACACUGAUUUUAAGUUCUGCAAUAAAACCAUAGCAACUUUGGAUAGAACUCCUUGGUAGCUUUGAAUUAUCAAAUAAAAUAUUACAAAAACAUUAUGUUUGCA